CGCAGGCAGACUGAGCAGUGCACUGGAGCUGCCAUGGCUGGGAUAGAUGCUAAAGAGCUUCCCAAGAUACCUGAAGAGGAUGUGGAAGCACUGAAGGCUGCUGUUGGGAAAGGAAACCUCCCCGAAGCAGCUGCUAAAGCGAAAGAGGCUCUGGAGAUGGUUGAUAAAAUCACUCUCAACAUCGCUGUCACGGGGGAGUCGGGCUCUGGAAAAUCGUCCUUUGUCAACACCAUCCGGGGCCUGGAGGAUGACGACGAAGGUGCUGCUGAGACAGGGGUGAAUGAAACGACAAUGGAGCCCACUGCUUACCCACAUCCUAGCUACCCAAAUGUAACAGUCUGGGAUCUGCCAGGGAUCGGGACCCCAACAUUUAAAUCAGACAAGUACCUCGAGCAGGUGGGGUUCAGUCGCUACGACUUUUUCAUCAUCAUCUCCUGCACCCGCUUCACAUCCCACGAUACUGAACUCGCCCAGGAGAUCCAGAGACAGGGGAAGAAGUUUUACUUUGUGCGCUCCAAAGUGGACCAGGAUUUGAAAAAUGAGAAAACACUGUAUGACGAGAAGGGAAUCCUGAAGCAGAGGAAAGCUGCCACGAAAAGGCCACAUCAGUACAGUGAGAGUGCGAUCCUCAGUGCCAUCAGAGAGAAUUGCAUCAAUGGCCUCAAAGCAGCAGAGGUGACCUCCCCACGGGUUUUUCUUGUAUCUAGAGGGGACUUAGGCAAGUACGAUUAUCCCAAAUUGCAGGAAACGCUUGUGGAUGAGCUCCCCGGUCACAAGAGACGUGCUUUUCUACGAUCCCUGUCCAAUGUUUCUAAGGAAACCUUGGAGAAGAAAAAAGAACAACUGCAAACGCAGAUAUGGCUGAAGAGUCUGGUGUCAUGCGGAGUCGCUGCUGUUCCUAUCCCGGGUCUCUCCACUGUUUGCGAUAUCGCCAUCCUGGUGACGUCCCUGAAAGAGUACUGCAGGGACUUUGGCCUCACUGAAAACGCUCUCGCUACACUUGCUAGACAGAAUAACAAGCCCAUUGCAGAGCUGAAGGCUGUUAUAAAGUCCCCACUGAGUGAGGAAAUAACAAAAGAUCUUAUCAUUAAGCUACUGACCAAGUGCGCAGCUGGGGCAGUGAAAUAUUCUACUUAUUUGUUGAAUUUUAUUCCUGUGGUAGGUUCUGUGGUAUCUGCAGCAGUUUCUCUCCCUACCACAUACUUCAUGUUGAAGAAUUUCCUGGAUGAUGCUGCUGCUGACGCUGUACGAGUUCUGGAGGUGGUUAUGAAGGGAGACGUUUCAAACUGAGAGAAACAGCAUGAAAACUCCCGCACCCCCUGCAAGGAUC